AUGGCAACGACUCAUGCAGCAGGCUGGACAGCAACAGCCAUUACCAAAGCGCUACACAUUCAGUAUCCUAUCAUUCAAGCACCCUGUGCUGGGCAUACAGGGGCUGACCUCAUUGCUGCUGUAAGUAACGCAGGUGGUUUAGGCUCAUUGGGUGCUGGCAUGAUUCCAGCUGCUCAGCUACGCACCACUAUCCACAGCAUUCGCGAAAAGACAUCUCGCCCCUUUGCAGUCAAUCUCUUUUGUAGAGCAGCCAAACCUCCCACGCACGCUGAAUUGCAGAAACAUUAUCCUGGCACCGAUGAUGUCUUGAACGAGAUUCGCACAGAGCUGAAUCUACCUAUUCCCACUGAAUUCCAACUACGUUCUCCACCAUUUGAGGAUCAGGUCAAUGUGGUUGUGGAGGAGCGUGUGCCUGUGGUGUCAUUUACAUUUGGUCUUCUGCCCGAUAGUGUUCUACAACGACUUUGGAGCGCAGGCACCUUUUUGAUAGGUACAGCUACUACGGUGCAAGAAGCAUUGGCUUUAGCAGGUUUAGACCCCUCGGAUCCCACACGAAAAGCAGAUGCGAUUGUUGCGCAAGGCUUAGAGGCUGGAGGUCAUCGUGGCUCGUUUUUGAAAAUCAGCCAUGACGAUAAGCAUCAUCAGCAAUUGCCCGUUGCAGACUUGGUGAAGGCAAUCCGAUCUACACAGAACAAUGGUCGAUUUCCUAUUCCCAUUAUUGCUGCAGGAGGCAUUAGCUCUGGCGCAGAUGUCUAUCAUGCUAUUCAUGACUGGAAAGCGGAUGGUGCUGCCAUUGGCACUCUGUUCAUGCUGUCCAAGGAAUCCACCACGCCACAAGGACACAGAGAUUACAUGUUGAGGGCCAAGGCCAAUGCUGUGGAAGAGACCAAGAUCACCACAGCCAUCACGGGCAAGAGUGUGCGUAGCUAUCCCAACCAACUGAUGAAGCGCAUUGAAGCGGCCAGCAAGAAGAGUGGAGGCGAGAUUCCCAACUAUGACAUUCAAUCAUCAAAGACCAAGGACAUUGCUGCUUAUGCGACUCAAAAUGGCAUCCAGGAUUACAUGAUGCUGCUCUCUGGUGUGAAUGCCCCGUUGGCAGCCGAGUAUUCUGAGCAAGGCACAUUGUCUGCAGCAGAGAUUUUGAACAAGCUUGUUAACGAUGUUGAUGCAAAGAUAGCAGCCGCAUAA